CAGCAGGCCCACCACAGGGAGAUGCCUCAGCCAGGGCUCUGCGGGCCAGGCUUGGAUCAUAACCCUGACAGGGUGGGGGCGACACUGGGAAGAAGGGUCCAACCUGAGAGCGUGUGACCACCACCAGAGCAAGUGUCCAACCCACAGCAUCCCUGCAGCACAGCCAGGGCCUGAGGGGAAGGCCUGGGACUUACAAGGAACAGACUGUGAACUGCCCUGACAUUCCAGAGACACUGUGAUGUUCCCUGCCACAGAGCGGGUUGAUGUGUUUCCUUUAACCUUUCCCGUUUUUUCUUAUUCUUUUUAAAAUUAAUUGUUGAUUAAAUAACUUGCAUUUGCUUUAACCUGUAUGUAAUGGUCAGUGGGUCAGAGAAGUGCCCAGUGCAGAGAGAGUACCCCAGAGUGGGGACACCCUAGCCCCUGUCCUAGGUGACCACAGCAGGGUUGGGGGUCGAGCCCCUCAGGAAUCCUGGGCCCAGCCUUGCUGGGGUUAUGAGGACUCUGCCAGACAGGAGAGUGGAAGGGGAGUCCUCAAGGGCAGGGAGGCCACUGGGUAAAGGAAGUGGGAGCGAGGACUCAGAUCCUUUUGCUAGCCCACUUCACCGGGGUAGUGUAGAACCCAGGAAAGUUCCCAACAAUAGCAGGACUAUUCCCCCGCUUACAAAUAGAACAAAUAUGCAACUAAAGUUACAAAAUGAACUCACCCCAGCUCUUACCCCACUGUGCUUUUCACUUGUCAUAUGUGAUUUAAUUCUUGUAUAGCUUACCCACAAUGACCCAUACCCUUUCCCUGUAACCUUGCUUUAUGCCUCUGUUUGUGGUUUUAUUUAUUUUUUGUACGUUAGUUUGAACUGUAAAAUGACCGUUCUUUGUCAAAGGUUAAUCUUGUUUUUGCUGAAACCAAGGACAACCCUGCCUGUGGGGGAGUUCUUUUAAGCGUUGACAUCAGAAUGUAAAAGAAUGUUGUGAUAAGGGCAGGGCUGGCUCUAGGUUUUUUGCCGCCCCACGCGGAGUGCCGCCAAAACAAACAAACAAAAAAGGCCCGGAGUGCUGCCCCUUGAAAAGAGCCGCCCCAAGUACUUGCUUGGUUUGCUGGUGCCUGGAGCCGGUCCUGGAUAAGGGAGAUUCACAUUGAAAAACGCAGCACUACAAAAGGCAUAUUCCAGAGCGAGCGCUCCACUAAAUCGGACAAAAUGGUUGAUCAUCUCCUGGGAACCUGGAAUUCAACCUCAUGUGAAAACUUUGAUGCAUACAUGAAAGAAUUAGGAGUGGGCUUAGCCACCAGGAAACUGGGCAAGCUGGCCAAACCCAGCAUGACCAUCAGUGCUCACGGUGAUAUGGUAACCAUCAAAACCAAGAGUGCCUUUAAAAAUAAUGAGAUCUCUUUCAAGCUUGGUGAGGAGUUUGAUGAAACCACACCAGAUGACCGGAAAACCAAGAGCAUUGUAACCUUAGACAAUGGGUCAUUAAAUCAGGUCCAGAACUGGGAUGGCAAAGAGACCACAAUAAAGAGACAAGUGGUAGAUGGGAAAAUGGUGGUGGAAUGCACCAUGAAUGACAUCACCUGCACUAGGAUCUAUGAGAAAGCCUGAAGAAACUCUGUCAGUACCCUGCUUGACUAAAAAUUGGAGUACUAUAAACUUAACUGUUGUAGGUACUUAAUAAAAAGCUUACAAAUGA